CAACCUGUACAUACGUCUUUCACAUUGAGUCUGUGAGCAAGCAAGCCAAUGAAGAAAAUGCAGUCUCUCUUUGUGAACUCCCACCCUUGUUCAAUAUUAUUGUUCAAUCUCAUAUUGUUUGUUCUCUUCUACAACACCAUGGCUGUCAUAAAGCUACCACCAAAUGAAACCUAUCCUGCAAUUUUUAUCUUUGGCGAUUCGACAGUGGAUACAGGCAACAACAACAAUCGAGUAACUCCAUCUAAGGCUAAUUACAGUCCGUAUGGGAUUGACUUUAAAGGAAAAGUUGCAACAGGCAGAUUCAGCGACGGCAAGGUCCCCUCGGACAUGAUAGUGAAGGAAUUGGAAAUUAAAGAACUUUUACCUGCGUAUAUGGAUCCAAACCUGCAACCUCAAGACCUCAUUACAGGUGUUUGCUUCGCUUCUGGUGGCUCUGGAUAUGAUCCCUUGACACCCAAACUAGCGUCAAGCUGGUCGUUGUCCGAUCAACUUGGAAUGUUGAAAGAAUACAUUGUAAGGCUUCAAGGAAUUGUUGGAGCAAACAAGACAAACUUCAUCUUAACCAAAAGUCUAUAUCUCAUUUCAUUGAGUAGCUGCGACAUCGCCAAUGUAUAUUUUGGACCUACUUUACGAAGAUACGAGUACGAUUUCAAUUCCUACACUGACCUUAUGCUCAAGUAUGCUACCCAAUUCUUGAAGGAAAUUUAUUCACUAGGAGCACGAAGGAUUGGAGUACUCGGAGCUCCGCCAAUCGGAUGUGUGCCAUCACAAAGAACUAUUGCCGGAGGAGUACGUAGACAGUGUGGAGAAGGCCACAAUCAGCUAGCAAUGUUAUUCAAUGCUAAAUUGACUACCUUGUUGGAUUCCCUUAACAAGGACAUGCCUGAUAGCAGGAUGGUCUAUCUUGAUAUUUACAACCCUCUUCUUGAUCUCAUUGAGCACCCUGAAAAGAAUGGCUUUAAGAUAGCGGAGAAAGGGUGCUGUGGUUCAGGACUAAUAGAGGUAGCUCCAAUAUGUAACCCAUCGUCUGCAAUCUGUACAGAUGUGAAUGACUAUGUUUUUUGGGAUAGUUUUCAUCCCACAGAAAGAGCAUACAAGAUCAUUACUUCUCAAAUCAUCAAGAAUGCCAGCAAUACGCUUUUCGGACAUCAGUAAAGUUGAUUUCUUCUCUUUGAAUUCUACCACUACAAUCAAUUUCAGUGGUUCAGCCCUGGUCCUUCCCUUAAGUCAAGUCUGAUUUUGGAUUUUCAUUCAUACACAUAAUACUUGUUUAUUAUGUCAACAAUAAUCACAGAUAGAAUCUAAGGAUCCAUCUUAUGUGUUCUCACUUAAUAAUAUUUGUCAAUUUCGAAAGAUUUGUAGUUAAUGAUGCUUAUUUGCAAAAUGUUCCAAUUGUAUCACCGUUUUACUGAAUAAAUUCUUAUUUAUAAAACAAGAAGAGAGGCAGAGACUCCGAU